UGGCCGAAGAAUACCGUUCCCAGCCUCCACCAUCUGAAUACUAUCCAGCAGCACCACCUCCUGGGCAGGAUCAACCUGAAGACACUGAUUGCUUCUCAUUUUUAAAGGGGUGUUUGGCUAUGCUUUGCUGCUGCCGCCCGCUGUAACAGUGCCGCCUAUAGGUCCUUGUUUAAAUAUGUCUCAUCACAUAUUUAUCUGUCAAUUGUGAUGCUUAAUUCUCACUUAAGUAUAUGCUUAAUACUUGUGACUCUCAGUAAACUUGAUAAUUGCCCAUUUUUAGAAUGCAGCUAUAUGUUAUUUUAAAUACAGAGGAAGGGGAUGUAGAUGAUCGAACUCGAUAUUUCUAUAAACUAUCAUAUACAUGAGUGUUAUAUAAGCUAUUCGUUCUCGGCUUUUUGUUAUUUUGAGGUAUUAAUAUAGGAAUCAAAUUAGGCGAACUGUUUUGCAUUGUUUUCCUUAAUUUUCUUGGGCUUCAAUUUUUUUUAAUUUAAAAAUAAUAAUAAAUGGAAAGUAUGCAAGAUUUUCCAGAGGCAAUGGGCCGACCACCAUGCUUUUGGUAAAGCCCAUGAAGCCCACCAAUAGGCAAUAACCCAGAUCCGAAGCCCAAAAAUUGAUUCUUAAGCAACAAGUUUCUAUUGACCCCUGCGGACGGAAAACCCUAGAGUGCUGUACUUCGUUGCGUGGACUCUUCUCAAUAGCGCAAAAGCGGACGAGGAAUACUAGCUAGAGUGCUGUACUUCGUCGCCUCGUCUCUUCUAAAGUGAAUCCGGAACAAAUGGGAGCAGUUUUAAGAUCUAGCAAUUGGGCAAGAAUCUUUGAGGGAGACAAGUUCCCAUGUAAAAUUGAGGAGGGUGUGUUCUUGGGUUCUUUUGCUGCUGCUAAAAAUAAGGCUGUACUAGACAAAUUGAAUAUAACACACAUUCUGACGGUGGCAUGUUCGUUGUCUCCUCCACAUCCAAAUGACUUUGUGUACAAAGUUAUUUCAGUUAUGGACAAUAAAGACACAGAUAUAAGAAAGUACUUUGAUGAGUGCUUCAGUUUUGUUGACGAGGCUAAAGAGAAGGGAGGUAGUGUUUUGGUUCAUUGCUUUGUGGGAAGGUCUAGAAGUGUGAGUAUUGUUGUUGCUUAUCUGAUGAAAAAACAUGGUAUGAGCGUUUCUGAAGCUCUGGAAUAUGUGAGGAAUAGACGUCCUGAGGCUGCUCCGAAUUCUGGUUUCAUUUCACAACUACAAGACUUUGAUAAAUCUCUUCGAGAUAAGCCACGGAGACUUAGAGCGGUCCUUACCCCAACCAUUCAUAAAUUGCUGGCAUCUUAUUGCUUUGGAGACUUGAAUCAGGGUUCUUCUCUCAGCUGGAAUCUUUUGCUGUGGCGAGUCUUGGUUUCUCUCAUUUGCCUAAUCCUGAUCCAAUGGCUAUUACUUAGUUUUAUUAAGAUCUUUUGACCUAUACAAUGUUUUAGUAUACCUAGAAUUUAGUCGUAGCUUCCCCCAUAUUUUUUGCGGUCUCUCACGAUCACCCGGAACAUGCAUGGAUCACAACAUGAUUUGGGCCUGACUCUACUUCGUUGGGGGAGUGGGAGUUCAGCUUUACCCCUAGACUUUGGCUAUUGUUUGGGUUUCCUAUGUUUGGGUCCACAAUUCAAGUGUAGAGGCUGGAACGACCAUGCCUCUUCAAUUCAUUUUUUUUGGGUUGUUGUGUAUGUUACUAUUAUGGUUCAAAA